UUUUAAUGCUACUACACAAGGUUAAAGAUUAUUUCGGUAUUUUCGAUUAGAGAGGGAAGUAUUAAAUUUAUAUUAUAUAUCCGCGUCUGUUAGAACCACAGAGUUAUUUCAAUAUUCUCUGUUGUGCUUACCACAACUUUAGAGGUUUUUCGAUCGUUUCAACAAUAAUCGAAUUUUAGAACUAUGGCCCAAACAUCUUCAUCAGUGGUAGUUGCACGGAUCAACAUAUGGAUUAUUUUUACUUGGAUUAUUUUUGGAUUAGUGAAUUUUUCGCAUGGAGUCGCACAGUUAUCAAACUUAGAAAGUUGCGCACUUGGUUUUUGUCCCCAAAGAACAUACGCAAAAGCAAUUCACUUCGCAUUGAUAGCAGAUGUAAAAGUUAAUGAAAGUGCUAUAAUUUCGACCAUAACUAAUAAGACAGCUGAUGAUCUUGAAGCUAUUUCUGUUGUUUACAAAUCUCUUUAUGGUGAAUCAUUAAUCAAUGAGCUAAGGGAUUAUUUAACUGGCAAAUUUGAAGAGUUAGUGGCCGCAUUAAUAUCUAAAGACUAUGAGUUUUAUGCAAAAGAAAUACAUCAUUCUCUUCGUGGAAAUAGUGAUGAUGAAAAUGUAUUAAUUGAUAUUUUAUUGACACAAGAAAAUGAAAAACUGAGUGCAUUGAAGCAGGCUUAUGCAAUCCAGUAUUUAACAUCUCUAGAGGAAGAAUUUGAAAAGCAUACGAUAGGAAAUUUCAAAAAAUUAAUAUUAAAACUUUUAGAAUGCAAAAGAGAUAAAUAUGAAGAAAUCAAUUAUUCUCAUGCAGAAAAUGAUGCACGCAAGCUUUAUCAUGCAGUGAAUGCGCAGCAUGAAGAAGCCAACUAUGAUGAAUUUAUCGGCGUAAUGUCAUGUUUAAAUUGGCCUCAACUUCGACAAACUAUUAUGAAAUAUUAUACUCUAUUUGGAGAAAGUAUCGAGACAGUUAUAAAGAAUAACUACAGUGGUGAUUUUGCACGGGGUCUUCUUGCAAUUGCUGAAUAUGCCAAGUCCAAAGAUAGCUUCAUCGCUCAACGUCUGUACCAAAGUCUCCAAGAUGAUAUCGAUCAUCAUAGCUUGAUUCGUCUGAUAAUAAUCAGUAAAAAUAUAGGCCAUAAUUACAUCAAGGAAGCUAUUCUAUUACGGCAACAUGUUUCAUUGAUUCAUUUAAUUCUCGAAAGAACAAAUGGAAGCUAUGAAAAACUUCUUCUUUCUCUUUUUGAAGAGUAGUUAUAAUACAAGAGAAUCUUUUUACAAUACCGUGGAAAGAGGAGCAUCUGCCUCUGGUUUGGAUAAGACAUUACACACUGAUGGAAUCUUUUUACACUGUUAAUUACUUUUUAUACUUUAAAGAUUACAUAUUUACACAAUACAUAUAUAUAUACUGAUUUUUCUUAUAUGUAAAAAGACGAUUUAAAGAAUUUAUGUUUUUUAUUUUUGUGUAACACUAUAAUAUUAUGAUUAAAACAAUUCAUAAACAUA